AUGGACUCAAUCACACGGCUCGUCUCUCGGGGCACCGAACAGGAUGGGGAUAAUAGCUCAACCGUCAACAUUCUGAUUGCCCUUCUCGUUCUCGUAUUAUGCGGUCUAAUUGCCUUCGCCGUUCUCGUUCUUCUUCGGAGGAUGCAAAGACGGAGGAAAAUGAUGGCCGAGACUCUGCCGCAGUAUCAGGACGUCAAGCGCACGGGCAACCACCGGCGUCUCACUAUCCAGACCAGCAAGGCCAAUGGCAGGUCAAGCGUCAUCGUCGUGAGCAACGGCCAGCCCAUGCUAGCGAAUCCCCAGUCGCCGCCCCACUCUCCCGACAACGUUCCUGAAAUCCACAUCACCUUCCCUGACGAGCAGGAUGACCAAGGCCGGCCGAAGAGCGGUCGGGUUGUCGUCGUGCGCGUGGGCGACAGCACCAUCGGCCUCGAGCCUCUGCACGACGAGCAGCUCCCCGCCUACGAGAAGGAAAGCCCCACGCAGUUUUAUGCGCUCGACAUUGAAAAGAUCGGCGGCUUGAAGGAGAAGGAAUUCCACUAA